AAUAGUAUACCGAUAACGAUAACGAUAACCAUACAGAGUAUGAAAAGGCUACUGACGAAUCUCUACGUUAAGCUGAUUACAAAUUCCAAAAAAAUUAUAUUUCGCAUCUGAAGGGACAUUCUCUGACGGUGGCUAUAAAGGGGAGAGAUUUUUAAUAAGUAGACCUAAAAAUCUUGGUCUUGAUUGGCAAUAUGUAUUUGGAUUUCAUAAUUUGGUUUUCACCAAAUAAGAACGCUUCAGUAAAUACUUUAUUCCAUACCGAAUCCAAUUUCUGCUCACAAUUCUUUAGUCCUCAUCCCAUCUUUUUUUUUCGAUUUUGUUCCAUGAAAUCGUUUUUAUCAAGGUGUAGUAAUAAAAGCCACGUUUUUGCUCGUUGAGCACAAAGGCAAUCUUUCAUGAAAAAAAUACCUGUCUUUAUUUACCUACCCCACUUUGAUUAAACUUGAAAGUUUUCCGCGCGCUUACGACUCAACCCCAGCAAUUGAAAAAAAGCACCUCAUAAAAAUUCACAUAUACAUACAUACAUAUUUACAAAUCGAAUAUUUGCGACAGAUAUCUAAUCUUCAAAUUGAAGUCGACGAAAUAGUGGCGUCAAAAACUCACACUUACACACACACACACAGAAACCAGUGCAACAACGAGCAAAGCAGCUUAGAUAUUUCUUUAUGAGUAAAAAUUCAAGUUAACCCUAUAUUAAUCAUUAGCGAAUCGGUGGAAAAAAUUAACAGUGUGCAAACAAGCCACGCAACUGAUAGGACAGGCUGAGGCGUGUAACGACAGUCAAUGUAGGGGCGGACGUAUUGUGGGAGGCCAUUCGCUUGAUCAUUACAAACCAUACUUUUGUAUGAACAAAAUAAAACAUACAAUGACGAGCUUAAAAAUCUACAUAAGUACUUAAAACAAAGCAUUGAUUAGAAAAUAAUAGAUUUUGUAGCAGGGGGCAUUGUAACUUGAGAAAAUAUUUUUCACAGAUACAUAGCUGCCAGCUAGCUAUACAGAUAUUUUACACUGUAAGACGCGCUUCAAGUCCAGUUUGAAAAAUAAGAAUAAACUAAAUAGAAGAUUUUAUUGUGAAUGCGCAAACAAAGCGCGGCGACUGUGUAUUUAAGAUUGCAACACGUUGGUAAAGAAUAAGCGGGGAGGGUAGGAUUAAGUAGGUUAACAAAUAAGAGUAGUAGACAGACAGACAGCCAGCCAGCCAGCCAAAUGCAAGAGGCGCACCACCAUCCAACCACACACAACCCAACCUGCCACGAAGGUGGCUGACACUUCGGCGUGGCGACAAGUGGGCAAGACUACCUGCACGCAGAGUACGAGUAUAGGAAAAAAAAAUUAAAUUAGGCUAUAUCAACUGAUAGCGCGCGCGAUAUACAUAUGUACGUUCCAAAGCCAGCUGAGUCAGAGCUGCGCUGGAAACUAUGUAUGUAUAUGUAAGUACUUUUGUUACACUUGUAUGAGUUUGUGCACCUAAGUUUUAUAGCGCUGGUCUGCGUGAGGUGUACGCAAACAAAUACUCAGCCCGCGACGACAACAAAGUUUAAGAUAAGAUUGAAGCGCUGAUAGGCUGAUAUGUACAUAUGUACGUAGUGGGUUCUUUCAAAAGGCAUUGGAGAACAAUUCAGCAAUUUUAAGUAGCAGGUGAAGUCGUACCUACAUAUAAUGGUAGAGAUCUAUGUAGGUAUAUUAGAGUCAAAUGAAUGGUUUAAAAAAACUAUGGAUAUUUGCUUAAACUCAAAAAAGCCUCGAUAGCCCCGAGUAUCGCGAAACUUAAGAAAAAUACCCUCGAGUUCGAGUUUAAAGGUCUCAAGUGAAAUACAUUGUAUUUUGAUUUUGCCGAGUGAGAGCGAAACUCAGCCCUGUAUAUAUGUGUAUGUAUUUUAUUCACUAAGAUGAUCGUUUUACUUUGAGGCAACUAUGGAAAGUUAAGCUUGCCGACAACAAAGUUGCACAGCCGUCUUUUGUCAACCCAGAGAGCUCAUCGGGGCUUCUCGUAUUUAAAUCAGAGGUGGCAGCUAUGUAUGAAAGGGGCAUUCGACUGGCAAUUAGUGUUCUACGAUCUAGCCGUUAGUCGACUGGCGGUAUGGACAACAGCACUUCUUCAGCUGGCCAAUCGCCUACUCUCGGUUCUGAUAGGAGCUUUGGUCGGACACUAUACACUAACCCCCAUUGCCGUAUCUGUGCUGUUUUUGCAAGAUUAAGGUUCAUACAUUCGGCUCGUAUUUCAGCGGCACCAUCGAGGAAUACUCUGGGGUGGGUGAUCAUUGGCUGCCUGCGGAACUUCGUUUUUAGCAUUCAGCACUUUUCUCAACAACAACUACAUAUGGAUUAUCUGCGGUUACCGUUCUAGCAAAAUCGAGUUAUUAAGUGGCAACACAAUAGACAAUAUAAAAAAUGUCUAAGUGUAUCCUCCGCGAGGCUGCCGUCUAACCUUACCUAACCUCACCUCAAUGCAUACAUACGUAUGUAUGUAUGAGAAUGUAUUUUCAGAAGUUUUCAUUCCGUUUUUCAUUGUUCAUAAGCAAUUUUUUGAAGUAAUAAGCUACAUUCGCUGGCCUCUUCAGAACAAUCAUCUUAUACGCCACCCUCUGCCUUUCGCCAGCUAUUCAAGCGCGUCAUCACCGUGGCUACGGCACAGUUAAUGCCUUGUAAAACAAGCAAAUAUACGCUAGCACUGGCUGACAGAAAGGGUGGACAAGGUGUAUGUAUGCAUGUAUGUAGCGUGCUAAAAUUUGGAGACGCAGCAAAGCGAACUACGCCACAGACCAGAGACUAAGCUCAGCGCAGCUACAGUUCGUCCCAAAACCAAAGCGAGCGCUUAUCAUAAAAUUAAAAUCGUUAUCAUUAUCAGCAACGACGAUAACUCGUCGAACGCUGCAUAUGUGUGUGUGUCCGCUUGCAGUUGUGCCAGUGUUAGUACGAGCUCGAAAGUUACCGUUUGUUUAGACGCUUAACUGUUUUGGGGCUAAAUAUUCUCAUUAUGUGUGCUGCGCCCUGCUUUGGCUUUAGCUUUGGUUUUUGUCAAACGUUUAUUAAUUAAUCGUCAGUAAAGCAAAAACAAAACAAAAGCAUAUUUAUUAAAGGUGAAAAAGCGCACGCUCAAGAAAGCAACGUAAAACAAAAAAAAAAACAAAAAACAAAGCGCUUAUGUGUUAGUAAAUGUGCGUAUAUGUGUAGCUGGAUACGCAGACAAGCAUGCAAGUUUCACGGUUUUAUCACAAACUCGGUCUACUACCGUCAGGCGGCUACAAAAAAUACUCGUCUAACUGUCAGUUAUACGUGCUCUGGGCCGACUCUAAACGGCCAGUCCGUUUCACACAGCCCGCAGCUCAACAACGCACACGCUGUGGUUCGUUAACAGCCGCGGCCCGGCUCUACUUCUUCAAGACGUCUCACAAAAAGCGCAUGAAAAUGGAGAAGACUCCCCGCUACACGCAACGGGAGCGCAAUAUGGUGUUGGGUUUUGCCGCUCAAUAUAAGGACGUCAUCGAGAAUAAGCGCACCGAUGCCGAAUCGAAUCGAAAAAAGGACGAAGUCUGGCGUCAAAUAGCAAAAGAGUUCAACGCGCGUGUCUACCACCAACGCUCCUCCAAGCAAUUGCGUCAACUGUACAAGAAUAUGAAGCUGCUGUUGAAGAAGGAUCUCUGUGGCGAAGGCAAGGGCAACCGCACAUUUAUGGAUCUGUUACAUACGCUGUCGCAGCAGGAGUCCGUGGCGCAAUACAUAUCGGAACAAAUGUCGCCGAACGGUGGUAGCGGCGUGGGCAAUGGCAGCUAUGGCGGCAAUCGACAGCACAAAUACGAUGAUGACUACGAUGACUCAAAGAAUCCCUUCCCACAACUCGCCGCUCUCGCCUACGAUGGCAUGGAUCCCGACGUGAUUGUCAUAAAAUCCGAGGACAUUAGCGACAAUGAUCAGUCGCAACCGCCUGAGGACAUGGACGACGACGAUGGAGAUUGCCUGAGCUCGAAGGACAUACCGGAAGUUUGCCUCGAGGAGGAAGAUGAUGAAAUAUUCGCUACUGAUUUACGCCAAUCAACACCCCUCCCGCCAGCACAUACGUCUCAACGUGGUUCCUUAACCGCAAAUGGUCCACCUCCGCAGCAAAACGGCUCACAGCAGCAGCAACAACCCGAAGUGACAAUACAAAAUGUUGGCGGCAUACGCGUUGGCAGCAUUGGCAGCUUGGCCAAUUUGAAGGCGCUACAAAAUGGCGUCAAUAACUCUGCGCUCAGCAUACCUAACAACAGCGGCGGCGGCGGCGGCGGCGGCGGCAGCAGCCACAACAAUGCCGGCACCAAUAGCAACGCACAUAGCAGCCAUCAUAACGGCCGUCAAACGCCCAGCACACGCCAACAGGUGAGCGCCGAACAGCAAGCCGCGCAGCAAUUGCUACUCAACGGCCUUGGCUUGAGCGCCGUGCAUCCGCCGGAGCCGCCACUGCCGCAGCUGCAGCGCGCUACACAUACAGGCAACCACAACAACAGCAACAGCAGUCUUAUCAACAGCACAAAUCAGCUGCUGCUGAGCUUGAAUGCCAACGCCGGCUAUGCUGGCUUGCACAAAAACAGUCACAGUCAUGGGCACAAUCACGGUCACAGUCAUCACAACGGCCAUGGGGGCAACGGCGGUGGCGGCCUGCACAAUCACAGCAACAGCAGCAGUGGUAGCAGCAGCGGCAUCGGCUUGGGUACCGGCGGUGGAGCACACAGCGGCACUAAUAGCCGCAAUAAUGAUUAUCUAAUGUCGCUGGCGAUAAAGGAGCGCGAGAGAAAAAUUGACUUGUUGAAUGCACAAAUCGAGUACUGGAAGACGCUUACGAAGAAGUUGGACGCUAAUGCGGCGCAUAAUCCGACGCCAGCGUGCAUGUGUCAUUUUCCCGGCAAAGUGAAUGGUUUGCAAACGCCGACAAGCAGCAGCUAGUCCGAUACGGAAGAGGAGGAGGAGGAGGAAGUUAAGGCGGAAGAGGUGGUCGAUGAGAAGAGGAAGGCAAGCGCAGUAGACGGCAAGGUUGCAGAUGAGGCGCUUGGUGCGACCGGAAUGAUUGAAAGCGAUGCGGCCGCUUUGGAGCUCAAUGCGCAAGAAGUGGCGGGGGAAAGUGGUGUGACGGCGAAAAUGAUGAGAGAUGAAGUGUUACGCGCCGCUGGCAACUCGCUUGCAUCCUCCUCCUCCACUGGUAAUGCGGCUGG